AUGAUCUCUGUGAAGGAGCAGGAGGCCAUCAGCCACCUCAUGGAGUUCUUCAAGGACUGGGACAAUGGCGGUAAGGUCACCCGCUGCCGAAUUCUCAACAACUUCAUCACCUCCAAUCAGGGGAAGAACGCGCCGGAACUGGAGGAGGAGUUUACCCAGGGGGGCAGCCUGUUCCUGGCCCGGAUCACCACAUGGCUGAGACUCUCAUAUAUGUUCGGGACGUGUCUGAAGGAAAUUUUGCAGUCUAUCUCCAUUUUCCUCUCAUCUGCCGGCAGUGGUCGUUAUAAGGUGGAGUUUGUGGAGGUUGGAGGCAUCCUGACGCUGCUGGAGAUUUUGGGAUUGAAACAGAUAAAUGAUCAAAACAAGAUAGAGGCUCUGAAAAUUCUGCAGAUCCUGGGCCGAUCCGGACGAACAUACAAAGAGCUGAUCUGUGAGAGCUACGGAGUUCGUUCUGUUGCUGAAUGUCUGGCCAAGUCUAAGUUAGAAGAGACUCAGGAACAGGCCCAAGUGCUGCUGGAGCUCCUGGCUCACGGGAACCCCAAGUACCAGACACAAGUGUAUAAGGGGCUGAUCGCCCUCCUGGCCUGCGACUCCCCCAAAGCCCAACACCUGACCCUGCAAACACUGCGCACUGUGCAGGGAGAUUGCAGUCCCUGUUGAGCAGUUUUACAAAUACUAGAAGGUUUGCUCAUUGUUGCAUUUUGAUUGGUUGCAGCUCUGCAGCUGAUUCGGGAGCUGAUGGUCACCGAUGUGCGGCUGGCACUGCUGAAAGGACUCGUAUCUCUCCUUAUGACGUCACGGAGAGAGAACACGAAGAAUCGCCCGCAGAUCCUGGAUGACCCGACAGUUCCCCAAAUUUCUGAACCUUUGCCGAUGUUUAUUCAGCAAGCCGCCUCUGCUAAAGCCAUCGGGAUGUUGGCACGGGAGUCCCCCCAGCUGUGCGAGGAUCUGAUCCAGCUGAGAGUCGUCCAUCACCUGCUGUACGCCAUGGGGAACACGGAGCACACAGACAGCCAGAGACAGGCCAGCCUGGCCUUGGAGUAUUUUGUGUCGUCGUUUCCUACGGUGGAGGAAGAUGUGCGGACAGCAAUCGGGGAGAAACUAUUCCGCAUGCUGAUGGAGAAUGCUGAGAUAUUGUACAUGAAGCUGGACAGAGUUCACAUUGAAAUCCUAAUCUCCAACCAAGUGAACGUCCCCAGAGUAAAGGAAGAGUCCCGACACUGA